AAGAGCUGAGCUGAGCUGAAGAGCUGAGCUGAGCUGAAGAGCUGAGCUGAGCUGAAGAGCUGAGCUGAGCUGAAGAGCUGAGCUGAGCCGUGCCCCCCAAAUAAAUACCCCUCCAUUUCUGCAAUUUCCUCCGUCCCAACUGUUACCGCAAUAUACAGCAGCCUUCUGUUCAUCAUGUCUGCCAAAAUUUUUGUUGGAAACCUUUCCUGGAACACCACCGAUGAGACCUUACGCCAUGCCUUUUCUGAAUAUGGCCAUGUUCUUGAUUCCAUCGUGAUGCGAGACCGAGACACGGGCCGGAGCAGGGGAUUUGGCUUUGUCACAUUUGGCAGUGAGCAGGAAGCAAGCGGAGCAGUCGAUGCGCUGAAUGAGCAGGAACUCGAUGGUCGGCGCAUUAAAGUGAACAUGGCCAAUGCGAGAGGCGGUGGCGGUGGCGCUGGUGGUGGCAGCUAUGGCGCUGGCGGUGGCAGCUAUGGCGCUGGCGGUGGUAGCGGCUAUGGCGGUAGUGGUGGCAGUUAUGGCGGUGGUGGUUAUUCCAGUGGUUAUGGCGGCUAUGGCGGUUAUAGCCAAUAAUACAAUGGAAUGGAGACGGUUAUACUGGAGGUCGUCAACAAUAGAUCCUCCUGGAUACCCAUUUUCCACGGGUAUAAGUUAGAGUAUAGUAGGCGAAAUGAUGGUGAUGUUCAACUAGUGUGUCACAUGAGUUGAGUUUGAAUAGGGAUUUAGGACUUAAACUUAUUAAAUCCCUACUUAAACUUACCUUUUUACUUAUACUUUUACUUAUUACUCAUGAGUAGACUCAACUUAUGUGACCCGAGCCAGUCCAA